GACAAACACAAGGCAAGUGGCGACUACUGAGUCAUAUUUCUUCUUGGUGCUCAGAACUUGAAAGAUCUGUGACACUGACCGACUCUCUCAAAAAAGGCAAAAAACCACUCUCCCUCUCCAUUUCUUCUGAAUCUUCGCAUCCCUAACCCUAACCCUAAUCUCUCUCCCCCUUCCACCACAACCAUGGGCAAAGCUGUUGUCUCUGACGAAGAAGAUGAGGUCGAGCUCGACGAGGACGACAGGGAACCUCUUCACGGCGAUGCCGUCGAUGACCAGGAUGGUGGCGACGAGGACGAGGACGAGGAAGAAGAAGGGCCAGAUGAAUAUGAGAAGGAUGAUUUUAUAGUAGAUGAUGUAGACGAAGACGAUGAGCAAGAGGAGGAAGAAGAGAGAGCAGACAGUGAUGAAGAACGGCAGAGGAAGAAAAAAAGAAAGAAAAAAGAGGAGUAUGUCCUUGAUGAAGAUGACUAUGAGCUCCUUGAGGACAAUAAUGUAAUUGCACCCCGAAGGAAGGCUGGGAAAUUUAAGCGUCUGAAAAAAGCUCAGAGGCAUGGUGUGGGGGAGCCUGGGGAAUUUUCUGACGAGGAGGAGUUUGAUGGUAGUGGUAAAGGUGGAAGAACUGCAGAGGAGAAACUUGAGCGCAGCUUAUUUGGUCAUGAUGAAGGUACUCCAUUUGAGGAUAUUGUUGAAGAGGAGGAACCAGAAGAAGCAGAAGAUGAUGGAGAAGUUGGUGAAGAGGAUGAAAUGGCAGACUUUAUAGUCGAUGAAGAGUUUGAUGAGACUGGGACUCUUGUGAGACAGAGGAAGCUUAAGAGAAAAAAGUCUAGGCAGGCACCAGGAGUAUCAUCAGAUGCUUUGCAGGAAGCUCACGAUAUAUUUGGUGAUGUUGAUGAAUUACUACAGCUCCGUAAGCAAGGUUUGGAUUCCAGUGAAUGGAGGGAAAGGAAGCUCGAGGAUGAAUUUGAACCAAUUAUUCUUUCUGAAAAGUAUAUGACAGAGAAGGAUGACCAGAUUCGGGAGCUUGAUGUUCCAGAAAGAGUGCAGGUAUACGAGGAAACCACUGGUUCUUUUCCACUGGAUGGAAUUAGUAUAGACGAUGAGAGUACCUGGAUAUAUGAUCAAAUUGCAAGUGGUACAAUACCUUUGUUUAGCAAGCCAGGCUUGGCGAAUUCUAUAAGCAGGGAAGAUAUCAACAGAUUUUUGGACUUGCAUCAUGUGCAGAAGCUGGACAUUCCUUAUAUUGCUAUGUAUCGGAAAGAGGAUUGCCUUAGUUUAUUGAAAGAUCCUGAACAUCUUGAAUUGGAAGAUGUAAAUCAGAAUGAAAAUGAGAAAUCGUCUGGGCUAAAGUGGCACAAGGUACUUUGGAAUAUUCAGGACUUGGACAGAAAAUGGCUUCUGCUUCAGAAACGAAAAAGUGCUCUGCAAUCUUACUACAAUAAGCGAUUUGAGGAAGAAUCCCGACGUAUAUAUGAUGAGAGCAGACUUACAUUGAAUCAACAACUUUUUGAGUCAAUCAUGAAGUCGCUCAAGGCUGCAGAAUCAGAGAGAGAGGUUGAUGAUGUUGACACCAAGUUUAACUUGCAUUUCCCUCCAGGUGAGGCUGGAGUGGAUGAGGGACAAUAUAAGAGGCCCAAGAGGAAAUCUCUUUACAGUGUCUGCAGUAAGGCUGGCCUGUGGGAAGUUGCAAGCAAAUUUGGUUACAGCUCUGAGCAGUUUGGACUGCAAUUAUCUCUAGAAAAAAUGAGAAUGGAUGAGUUGGAGGAUGCGAAGGAGACACCGGAGGAGAUGGCGUCGAACUUCACAUGUGCAAUGUUUGAGACACCUCAAGCUGUGCUCAAAGGGGCUAGGCAUAUGGCAGCUGUUGAGAUAAGUUGUGAGCCAUGUGUCAGGAAGUAUGUUCGAUGCAACUACUUGGAUACCGUUGAGUUAUCGACAAGCCCCACACCCGCCGGAAAUGCGGCAAUAGAUGCUUUUCAUCAGUUCUCUGGCGUGAAGUGGUUGCAAAGAAAGCCAUUAAAUAAAUUUGAGGAUGCACAAUGGCUGCUUAUCCAGAAGGCUGAGGAGGAGAAGCUUCUUCAGGUUACUAUUAAGUUGCCAGAAGACAGACUAAAUAAGUUGAUAAGCGACUUUAAUGAGUACUAUCUUAGUGAUGGUGUUAGUAAGUCUGCACAACUGUGGAAUGAGCAACGGAAGUUGAUAUUACAGGAUGCUCUUUUUAGUUUUCUUCUUCCUUCAAUGGAGAAAGAAGCAAGAUCGAUGUUGACCAGUAGAGCAAAAAACUGGUUACUCAUGGAAUAUGGAAAGGUUUUGUGGAAUAAAGUCUCAGUGAGACCAUACCAAAGGAAGGAAAAUGAUAAUAGCUCAGACGAUGAACCUGCACCUAGGGUCAUGGCUUGCUGCUGGGGCCCUGGGAAGCCAGCAACCACUUUUGUGAUGUUAGAUUCAUCUGGGGAGAUUCUAGAUGUACUUUACACGGGGUCCCUCACUUUACGCUCUCAUAAUGUUAAUGAUCAGCAACGAAAGAAAAAUGAUCAAGAACGUGUUCUGAAGUUCAUGACUGAUCAUCAACCACAAGUCGCCGUCCUAGGCGCUGUUAACUUGUCUUGUGUUCGCCUAAAAGAUGAUAUUUAUGAGAUAAUUUUUAAGAUGGUGGAGGAAAAUCCUAGAGAUGUUGGCCAUGAUAUGGACGGUUUAAGCAUUGUAUAUGGGGAUGAAUCUUUGGCCCGCCUGUAUGAAAAUUCUCGGAUUUCAUCUGAUCAGCUACCUGCACAACAAGGAAUUGUCAAGAGGGCUGUGGCUCUUGGGCGUAAUCUUCAAAAUCCAUUGGCAAUGGUUGCCACACUUUGUGGACCAGGAAGAGAAAUCUUAUCUUGGAAACUCAAUCCUUUUGAGAACUUUCUCACCCCAGAUGAGAAGUAUGUGAUGGUUGAACAGGUCAUGGUAGAUGUCACGAACCAGGUAGGCCUUGAUAUUAAUUUGGCUAUAAGCCACGAAUGGUUAUUUGCACCUUUGCAAUUCAUUUCUGGGCUUGGACCUAGAAAGGCGGCAUCUUUGCAGAGAUCGUUGGUAAGAUCUGGUGCAAUAUUUACUCGAAAGGAUUUGGUGAACCCACACGGGCUUGGUAGAAAGGUAUUUGUUAAUGCAUCCGGUUUCUUACGUGUUCGGCGGAGUGGAUUGGCUGCUAGCAGCAGCCAAUAUAUUGAUCUGUUGGAUGAUACGAGAAUUCAUCCAGAAUACUAUAUAAUUGCGCAAGACUUGGCCAAAGAUGUUUAUGAUGUGGAUGGUAACAACGAUGAUGAGGAUUUGGAGAUGGCUAUAGAACACGUCCGGGAUCGACCUAGUUAUCUAAAAAACCUUGAUGUUGAAGCUUAUGCUAAAAGUAAAAAGCUUGAGAAUAAGAUACAAACAUUUUAUGAUAUAAGGAGAGAAUUAAUACAGGGUUUUCAGGAUUGGCGUAAACAAUAUGAAGAACCAAGCCAGGAUGAAGAAUUCUAUAUGAUUUCAGGUGAAACCGAGGAUACCCUUGCUGAAGGAAGAAUUGUACAGGCUACAGUUCGCAGGGUGCAAGGUCAGAGGGCAAUUUGUGCUCUUGAAUCUGGAUUAACUGGCAUGCUUAUGAAAGAAGAUUAUUCAGAUGAUUCAAGAGAUAUGGAAUUGUCUGACAGACUGAAUGAGGGCGACAUUCUCACUUGCAAGAUCAAAUCCAUUCAAAAGAAUAGGUACCAAGUUUUCCUAAGUUGUAGAGAGAGUGAGAUGAGAAAUAACCGUUAUCAGAACACUCAGAAUCUUGAUACCUAUUACCAUGAAGACCGAAGAAGUCUACAGAGUGAGCAAGAUAAAGCUCAUAAGGAGAAAGAGCUUGCAAAGAAGCAUUUCAAGCCAAGGAUGAUUGUUCAUCCUCGCUUCCAAAAUAUAACUGCAGAUGAAGCAAUGAAGUUCUUGUCUGAUAAGGAUCCUGGGGAAAGUAUCAUUCGUCCCAGUUCCCGCGGGCCUUCGUAUUUAACCUUGACUCUCAAGGUUUAUGAUGGAGUAUAUGCUCACAAAGACAUUGUUGAAGGUGGAAAGGAUCAUAAGGAUAUCACGAGCUUACUCCGCAUUGGGAAGACUUUGAAAAUUGGGGAGGACACUUUUGAGGAUUUGGAUGAGGUAAUGGAUCGUUAUGUUGAUCCCUUGGUAGCUCACUUGAAGGCAAUUCUAAAUUAUCGCAAGUUCAAAGGAACAAAACAAGAGGUCGAUGAACUUUUGAAGAUUGAGAAAUUGGAGUAUCCUAUGAGGAUAGUUUAUUCUUUUGGGAUAUCGCAUGAACAUCCAGGCACUUUCAUCCUGACCUAUAUACGGAGUACAAAUCCACACCAUGAGUAUGUUGGUCUAUAUCCGAAGGGAUUCAAAUUCAGAAAAAGGAUGUUUGAAGACAUUGAUCGGCUUUUAGCAUAUUUUCAGCGCCAUAUUGAUGACCCUCAGCAUGAGUCAGGACCAUCUAUUAGAUCAGUCGCUGCUAUGGUGCCGAUGCGAAGCCCUGCAGCUGGGGGUUCUUCAGGGGCAUCUGUGGGCAGUGGCUGGGGUGGAUCAACUAAUGAGGGUGGUUGGAGAGGCCAGUCUUUUGAUGGGGAUCGGUCAUCUACACCGAGUUCACGAACAGGUCGAAGUGAUCAUAGAAAUGGUGGUAGUCGGGAUGGGCAUCCAAGCGGCCUACCUAGACCAUAUGGUGGGCGUGGUCGUGGUCGAGGAGCAUAUAACAACAGAGGAAAUAGCACUGGCAAUGAGAGGCAGGAUUCUGGUUAUGAUGCUCCUGCGUGGGGUUCAGAUUCCAAGGAUGGGGAUGAUGGUUUGGGCAAAUUUCCAGGUGCAAAGGUCCAGAACUCACCUGGAAGGGAAGCUUUCCCUGGUGGUUGGGGUGCUGGUGGAAGUGGGAGUGGAGGUGGUGGCAGUAGCUGGGGCGGUGGAGCUGGCUCCAGUGGAAAUGAUGCAUGGGGCGGUGCUGCUGAUAAUGGGACUUCAGGAUGGGGUUCUGACACCAAGAAAAAAGGUUCUGGUGAUGGAGAUUUGGGAUGGGGUUCUGAACCGAAAAGAAGUACCCAGUCUCAGUCUGGAAACAGAUGGUCUGGAACUGACGGAGGUGGCGGUUGGUGAAGGGGACAACUAUAUUUUGUAAUUGCCACUAGUAACAGUUUACAACUACCGGCUGCUGUGGUGAUGGAUGGUUUGGAAGCAGCUGCUGUAUGUUGCUGAAGCCCCAUGACCUCUCUCCUGACUUGUUUCGGCCUUUGGUAGGCUCAGUUUUAGCGUUAUGCAAACUAUAUUAAGAAGUUUCUGCUGCGGCAAACAAUUGUAACGGAUAUAACUAUAUGCUCUGCUGCCUUGUGCGUUUCUCUAUUAUUAUUCGUAUAUUAUCAUUAUUGUUAUUAUGAUUA